UAGUUAGCACUUCAGCGUCAAUAUGAUGACAGAAAAUCAAACAAAGAACGUUGAAAAGGCCAACGAACAAUGUGUGUACAAAAAAUAUCUCGACAUAGCUGUGAUAAAACAAAAAUUAAUAAAACAUUUAUUGGUUACCUUGACGUUAUUGGGAGUUUUAUUGGGAGGCGUAAUAGGUUUAUCCCUACGAAGCUCUGAACUCUCUGACACGGCCAUAACCUUAAUAUCCUAUCCAGGAGAAUUAUACAUGAGGGUACUGAAACUGGUUAUACUUCCUUUAAUCAUAUCAAGCAUAAUAACUGGAUGUUCAAGUGUCAAUGCAAAACUAAAUGGAAAAAUAGCUCUUCGAACGUUUACCUAUUUCUUUUUAACAUCGACCUUUAAUUCGUUACUGGGUGUUAUUUUGGCCGUAACUAUUCAUCCUGGUGAUCCGGGGAUAGAGAAUCAAGUAAUUAAAGGAAUAUCUGAGAAAACAUACAGUUCUAUGUUGGAUAGUGUACUGGAUUUAGGAAGAAAUCUUAUAGCGGAUAAUAUCUUUCAGGCGACAUUUCAGCAAGCAUAUACUGACUACGUAGUUCAUCCCCCUAGUAAUAUUAAAAGAGUUGUUAAGUACAGAGCUGGAAUCAACAAUCUCGGAAUAGUAGUCUUCUGUGUAGCUUUCGGUACCAUCCUAGGUACUAUGGGAUCAAAAGGUCAUGUCAUUAAAGAAUUCUUUUCUACAGUAUUUGAAAUAAUCAUGAAAAUGGUUAAGGGAAUUUUAUGGAUAACGCCUGUCGGAUUGUGCAGCAUUAUAGCAGGAAAAAUAUUAUCAGUUGCGGAUCUACAACUGGUAAUGUCGCAGCUUGGGUACCUGAUAUCGACUGUUAUUAUAGGAGUAUUAAUCUAUCAAAUCAUUGUGAUACAAUUAAUUUAUUGGUUGAUUGUAAGAAAAAAUCCAUUUAAGUAUUACGUAGGUUUGAUGCAAGGAACAGUAACUGCUUUUGCAGCCGCUUCUACUUCAGCCGCCUUACCAAUAAAUAUGGACUUAAUGGACAAAGAACUUAACAUAGAUCCCAGAAUUACGCGCUUCGUAAUGCCAAUUGGCUGCAACACAAAUUUGGAUGGAACCGCUAUGUUUUUGGCCAUAUCAACUAUAUUUAUUGCCCAGAUGUCAGGUUUUCCUUUGCCAGUAGGAACUCUCUUAAGCAUUUGGUUUACAACAACCAUAAUGUCAUUUGCAGUUACCAGUGUACCAAGUUCGGCGUUAAUUAUUCUAUUUAUGGUACUUUCUUCAAUUGGCAUUCCCAACCAUAACGUAUCUCUCUUAUUUGCCGUUGAUUGGCUUGUAGAUCGAUUUCGCACUACUAAUAACAUGCUUGGUGAUUGUUACGCAGCUGCCAUUGUGGAAAAACUAUCGCAACAAGAAUUAUAUGCUUGUGAAGAAGAUAAGGGUACAGAAGAUGCCCAAGAGUGUAACCAAACAGUAGUCUAGUUACUCCAACAGUUUGUUUGUUAGUUGUUAGGUCGUUUUUUAUUUGAUUGUUGUUGUUAAGUAUUUUAUAGUUAGAGUUAAUAAUUAUUGUAGCUAACACUAUUUAUAAAAAAUAAAUAUUUUUUAAACAUUA